AUGCUUCCAACGACCACAAUUGCGAUACUAAUUGCAAUCACGAGACCUACUACACCGAUCGAAACUAUAGAGGAUCAGGUGGGAGCUAUAACCGUGGCUCAAGAGGCUACAAUCGCGGUAAUAGAGGCAGAGUCUACAAAACACUCCCCCGAAGAACGAAAACGCUCUUACGACGAGUACAAGAAAGGCGCUACGUACUACACCACUCAACCAGUGACCUUGGCCUAUUUUGCAAGCUUCUUGGCGGACUACGAAAGAGUAGAGGGUAUUGCAAACGAAGAAAAUCACCAAGAUCAAGCAACAUACGCUACUGAAAACUAUCAGUACGACGAAUACGAUCACGGUAACCGCAACUACUUCACUCAAACCUUUCUCACCGAAGCUAAAGAGGUGACAGGCGCCGAGACCAUUGCAAUUUUGCAGGAACGCUCAGCUUACCACGCUUUCACUACCUUAGACGCUAUGAACCCCUCAAUUAAAGAAGAUGAGACCGUUCUACUAAAGACCUACAUUUCACACUCUCGGUAUUCAGCUUACCGAUUCCAAGGCUUCCUUCCCGAUUCGAGAGCUGCAAUACAGCGUUUUGCUACCACCCUUAAGGCUGCCGGUGAAGAGUUUGAAACCGACAUCCUCGAGAAGAUUACCAAAUACUGUGCGCAGUGUCAACUACAUGAGCAAGCCCCUCGCAGAUUCAAAAUCUCUUUGAAAGAUGAGUAUGAAUUCAACUAUUCGAUUAUUGUUGACAUCAUGUAUAUUAACGGGGACCCCGUAUUACAUAUCGUAGAUUCAGCUACAGGCUACGGUUCUAGAGGAUUCCUCAAGAAUAUGACUGCAAAACACGUGUGGGAUACAAGUUCAAACAACAAGCUGGAAGUCCCCGAGGUCCCUAUAGUCGUCUGUACCGACUCUAUGACGAAAAUCAACCCAAAUAAGUCGUUGGCGACCUUCAUUGAUACGAACAAGGCCAACGUACGUGUCGAAGGGUGGGUGGAGAGAGCAUAG